GUACCGGUACCUGCCCACAGUGCCCACCCCCACACUGAUGGUAUCACACUGCCGGGGCUAUAGACUAGAGGGCGUUGUCCCAUGACCUAACAAACACUGAGGAAGAACAUUGCCUAUUGGAGGAAUACGUAUCCCUGCAAGUUACCUGCUGACACCCUUCAUCGCAACACAUCCUGGCCCACAGUCACAUAAGGAGGAGGAGAGGCAGCAGCAGCAGCAGCAGUAGCGUCACCAAAACCAUCAACAUCUGGUCAGUAAGAGGGCCAUUCAUGCUGCAGAGAACUUGUCAACGCAUUUUUUUAGUUGGCAGAAGAUUUCAUGUAUCUUCAUCAGCUUCACAGGAACUCAAGACUGAAAAGAUGGCUGAACCAAAAGAAAUAAAAAUACCAGUUCCAUUUGGCCAUAUUGCAGGCAAAAUAUGGAAUGAAGGAGGUAUCCCACUUCUGGGACUGCAUGGCUGGAUGGACAAUGCUGGUACAUGGGAUGCAGUGGCACCUCUGCUGCCCAAAAGUAUUUCCCUGGUGGCCAUAGAUUUCCCAGGUCAUGGCCAUUCUUCACACUCACCCAUGGGAAUCGGAUCUGUGUUCAUGAAUUUGCUAGUUGAUAUUGAACGUGUUGUGCAACAUUUUGAAUGGAAAGAGGUUAAUCUGCUGGGACACAGCAUGGGAGGUGCAGCAGCAAUGCUAUAUUCCAGCACAUUUCCAGAAAAAGUUAAGAAAUUGGUUGUGGUUGAUCUCAUUAAGCCACUUGCAACCCCAGCUGACAAGCAGCCACAAAGAACAGCUCGUAGUAUUAAAGAACUUUUGGAAGUUGAGACUAAAUUUGAAAGAGAUCCUCAGUGUUAUGAAUUUCAUUCCAUUGUAGAUAAGCUAGUGAAAGGAUAUGAUUCUAGUAUCACUGAGGAAGCUGCCAAAGUCUUAUUAAAACGAGGCUCAGUUAAAUAUCCAAAUGGUUUAUAUUCAUUCAGCCAUGAUCCAAGGCUGAAAAUUCCUAACUUAUUAGGUAUGACAUUUGAUCAACAGAAGGAAUUUGCAAACAGAUUGAACUGUGAGCUGAUGAUAAUUAAAGCUUCUAGUGGACCUUUUUAUGAAAGUAAAGAGGACUAUGAUGAAAUUUUAAAGAUUUAUGAAAAAAAAGCAAAAAGAUUUGUAUACAAAAUGGUAGAGGGGACACAUCAUGUUCAUAUGAAUAAUCCAGAUAUUAUAGCUCCACUAAUAGGGCAGUUUAUUGAGGAUUCUGCUUGUGAUACAUGAAUGUUUUUGUAGUAGUCUGUGAAGAGUUUUGGUAAUAAUUGAAAUUGAGAUGUUUUAAGUCUCUCUCUCUCUCUCUCUCUCUCUCUCUCUCUCUCUCUCUCUCUCUCUCUCUCUCUCUCUCUCUCUCUCUCUCUCUCUCUCUCUCUCUCUCUCUCUCUCUCUCU